AUGGCUCCUUUCUCUGAGGCCGACAUCCCUGACCUCACCGGGCGCAUCGCCAUCGUCACCGGAGGCAAUUCCGGUAUCGGCAAGCAGACCGUCAAGGUCCUGCUCUCGAAGGGCGCCAAGGUCUACCUGGCGGCGCGCUCGGAGGAGAAGGCUCGCCAGGCGAUUGACGAGAUCCAUGCCGCUGACCCUUCGACCAAGAAGGGCACGGUCGAGUUCCUUAAGCUCGACCUGAGCGAGGCGAAGAAGGCGAAGGCUGCUGCUGAGGACUUCAAUAGGCGCGAGAGCAGCUUGCACUUGCUCUACAACAAUGGCGGAAUCAUGGGUGUUCCGGCUGGUAGCAAGUCGGCUGACGGCUACGAGCUCCAAUGGGCGACGAACGUCUUUGGCCCCUUCGUCUUCACCUACCACUUGCUGCCUGUUCUCCUUGAGACCGCCAAGACGUCUCCCCCGGGAACGGUCCGUAUCAUCAACACCUGUUCCAGCGGUGCCGGUCAGGCGCCCAAGACCGGAAUCCCGCUCGAUGACCCGACCGUAGGUGCCGGCGCUUCGCACUCGGCUUGCUACGGCCACAGCAAGCUCGGCGACCUUCUCUGGACCCGCGAGCUGGCCAAGCGCUACACUGACCAGGGCGUCUGGUCGUUUGGCCCUCACCCGGGGCCGGUUCAAAGCAACCUCACCCAUCACUUGGGCAUUCCCAAGCCUGUCAUGUGGAUUCUCAACCGCACGGUGUUCAAGCCGGUCGAAUACGGGGCCUUGACCCAGUUGUUCGCUGGCACCUCGCCGACGCUCACCGCAGCUCAGAGCGGCUCCUACCUUGUCCCUCUGGCGAAGAUCGAGCCCAAGCUGCCGCACGCGCUUGCCGGCGACGAUGCGCUGGCCAAGAAGGUGUGGGACUGGAACAUCGAGGCCAUGAAGAAGGCCGGCGCGGACUAA